UUGAUUUUGUUAUUUAACCAACUCGAGUUUUCCCCAAAACAUAAGAAACAAUGCAAAAUUGUAUGAAACUAGUGCCAUUCGCACUCAAGUGCCCACAGAGAGCCAUCUGCACGUCUGCUGUCUUGGAUGGCAAGCGGAACUUUCGCAAGUUUAACGUGCACGGCAAGCGAGGCACUCGAGUGGUUAAGGAGGCCCAGAAGACGAUGGCCAAUCCGCCGGUGGCCAUUGAUAAGCGGGGCGUGCGCGACACAGGCAUUAUGGUUGAUGGAAAAUUUGUGGAGAUACCCGAGAAGAUUCCCGACAUUAUUGUGCCCGAUCUAACAGACUGCAAACUGAAGCCGUAUGUGUCCUACAAAGCACCGGACGUGGUGCAGUCUGAGUUCACCAGCCUGGACUUGUUCAACGCCGUCUAUUCGAAAAAGAUUAUUGAAGAUUUCAAGGCGGGCAGCCUCCAGGCAGAUGGCAGUGCCAAGGAACCGUCGGAUAACGAGCAACUUACUUCAUCGGAGGCAUUGCUGCGUGCGCGACGAACAGGCAGCGAUAUAUUCUAAGCAUAAGUUUUAUGAUUCUUAAAUACAGAUUGUAAAUUCUACUAUUCUA